AGUUGCACCAAGUUCCAAUGGCCUCCUCUCUCUCCUGCUCGGCCUCCGACCUCCUACCCCUCCUGGGUCCCGCUGCCAAUGCCUCUGCCGCUGCUGAGUUCAUCUGCGGCCGCUUUGAGGCCAUUUCGAAUAAGUUUGUUGAUACAGGCUUUGCAGUGGAUAACACCUACCUUCUCUUUUCAACGUACUUGGUUUUUGCCAUGCAGCUUGGGUUUGCAAUGCUCUGUGCUGGUUCCGUCCGAGCAAAGAACACCAUGAACAUCAUGCUCACUAACGUUCUUGACGCUGCUACCGGUGGCUUCUUUUAUUACGCAUUUGGUUUUGCCCUGGCAUUUGGAUCACCGUCUAAUGGGUUCAUCGGCCAACAUUUCUUUGGGCUGAGUAAGAUCCCGUCGUCAUCUUUUGAUUAUAGUUUUUUUCUGUUUCAAUGGGCUUUUGCUAUAGCAGCGGCAGGAAUCACCAGCGGAUCAAUAGCGGAGAGAACCCAGUUUAUUUCAUAUUUGGUAUACUCCUCUUUCCUGACUGGUUUGGUUUAUCCGAUUGUUUCACAUUGGUUCUGGUCUUCUGAUGGGUGGGCUAGCCCUGGGAGAGCAGAAAAUCUGUUGUUUGGUUCUGGAGUUAUUGAUUUUGCUGGUUCUGGUGUUGUCCAUUUGGUUGGAGCCAUUGCUGGUUUUUGGGGUGCAAUGAUCGAAGGUCCUCGCAUUGGACGCUUUGAUGGUUCUGGCCGUGCUGUGACUAUGCGUGGGCAUAGUGGCACUUUGGUUGUAUUGGGUACUUUCUUGCUUUGGUUUGGCUGGUAUGGAUUCAACCCUGGCUCAUUUGCCAGUAUCUUGAAGACUUAUAAUGGAAGUGGUUCCUAUUAUGGGCAAUGGAGUGCCGUUGGUAGGACUGCAGUGACCACCACUCUAGCAGGUUGCACAGCUGCAUUGACCACUCUCUUCGGGAAGAGGUUGCUGGUUGGUCACUGGAAUGUGACUGAUGUUUGCAACGGUUUGCUUGGUGGGUUUGCUGCCAUCACCGGUGGUUGCUCUGUUGUUGACCCCUGGGCUGCGGUUAUUUGUGGUUUUGUUGCUGCCUGGGUCCUUAUCGGAUGCAAUAAACUGGCAGAGAAGUACCAUUACGAUGAUCCUUUGGAAGCGGCACAGCUUCAUGGAGGCUGUGGUUCGUGGGGAAUUAUAUUCACUGGAUUGUUUGCAAAGAAGGCCUAUGUGGAGGAGGUUUAUCCGGGCCAUCCGGGAAGACCGUACGGGUUGUUUACGGGAGGAGGUGCACGCCUGUUGGCUGCACAUAUUGUGCAGAUUUUGGUGAUAGUAGCAUGGGUGAGUGUGACUAUGGGGACAUUGUUCUUGAUUCUGCGUAAACUGCAGUUACUGAGGAUCACAGAAGAGGAAGAAACAGAAGGUAUGGACAUGACAAGCCAUGGUGGGCAUGCAUAUUCAUAUGCAGAUGUCCUUGAUUCUCAGAAACAACUAGCUGUUUGAUUUGUUGAUAGCAUAGGGAAAUCACCGUUUGAGCAGUUGUAUUUGUGCGAGGAUUUGAGUUCAUUGUGUCUGUCUCUCUUUGCUUCUUGUAAUGCUAGCUGCAGGCUAUGUAUUAAGACGAUCCUCAACGUGAAUAGAACUAGUUUGUUAAUUUGUUAGCUAGAAGGGUAGCUUGUAGUACA